AUGCCUCACUACAGGUGCUGUGUUGGUGGAUGCGACAAUGACAACAAAUAUCCAGAUAAGAUAGUCAAGAGGAGUCAUGUAGAGGGAGAGCUCAAAUGGCACUACAUGACAAAAGAUCCUGCAAAACGUGUCAUUUGGGAGAACAAUAUUGGCAAAGGACGAAAAGAUUUUAAGGCUACUGAUCAUCAAGUGGUCUGCUCCAAUCAUUUUCAGUUUGGAAAGCCAACAUUUUCAUAUCCAAACCCAACAUUGUAUCUUAAAGUGAGUGAUGGUACAAAAAAGUCUCCUAGAAAAAGAAGAAAGAUUGUAAAACAUUCUUCUGUCAACGAUGAUCAGACAUCUUCUCAAGGGACUUCAGGGGUCAAUGAUUAUCAGACAGAGAGACCGUUUGCAAGUCCAUGCAUAAAAUUUGAAAAACUUACAAGGGACAGUGAUGUCAAAUUGUUUACAGGUUUGGAGAAUGCUGAAGUUUUUCAAGCUGUUUUUGAGUACCUUCAGCCACAGGCUGUGACAAUGGUCUAUUGGAGAGGCCCAAAGAAUACUUCAGUCAGCCUCUUCAAAAGACAUAGUAUCCAUGGAAAUAGGAAACUUCUCCUUGAGGAAGAAUUGUUCAUGGUCAUGCAAAGGCUGAGACUUGGUUUGCUGACCGAGUACCUUGCUCAUACAUUUAGUAUUAGCACAAGCCAAGUCAGCUCUAUACUGUUUACCUGGUUUCGCCUGAUGUCCUUAGAGCUGAAACCAUUCAUAGCAUGGCCUGACGGAUUUCAAAUUCAACCAAAUUUGCCUGAUGUAUUUCGGCGAUAUUAUAAGAAGUGCAGAGUAAUUAUUGAUUGCACAGAGCUUUUUAUUGAGACCCCUUCAAGCCUCAAAGCACAGGCCCUUUGCUGGAGUGAAUACAAGCACCAUUCAACAGUGAAGGUGUUGUUGGGAAUAACGCCCAAUGGAGCAUUCAGUUAUGUUUCAGAUGCAUAUGGUGGCAGAGCUAGUGAUAAGUGCAUAGUAGAAAGUUCAGACUUUUUACAACUACUUCAACCAGGUGAUGCAGUGAUGGCUGACAGAGGCUUCAAAAUAGAGGAUUUAUUAGCUUUUUACCAGUGCACCCUUGCAAGACCACCAUCAACCCAGAAGAACUUACAACUGAAUGAGAUAGAUGUAGCUAAGACAUCCAGGGUUGCAAAUGCAAGAAUAUAUAUUGAACAAGCUAUCCGUAAACUAAAGGAGUUCCAAAUUUUAAAAAAUGAACUGCCAAUUUCCUUACUUCCUGUUGUUAAUGAUAUUGUAAAAGUAUGUGCAGCACUUGUAAACUUCCAAAAACCUCUUGUAUCUUAA